AUGACAGCCACUCAGAGUAACGAGAAGUCGUUCAAAGACAAGGAGAAGCCAUCGCAGAUCAGAUCCAGUAAUAUGAUCGCCGCGAAGGCGGUGUCCGACUCGAUCAGGACAUCGCUCGGCCCCAAAGGGAUGGACAAAAUGAUUCAGUCGGCCAACGGGGACGUGACCAUCACCAACGACGGCGCCACCAUUUUGAAACAGAUGCAAGUGACACAUCCGGCCGCCAAAAUGCUGGUCGAGUUGUCCAAAGCGCAAGACAUCGAGGCCGGCGACGGCACCACCACUGUUGUGGUGAUCGCCGGCUCACUGCUGGACGCGUCCCAGAAGUUGUUACUGAAAGGCCUGCACCCGACCCGCAUAUCCGACGCUUUCCAGUCGGCGGCC